UAACGCUGCGGGAGUGUUUGGAGUGGCCUCUCCAUCCCGGCGAACACCUUUCGGGUUCGGAGCGCGCUCGGACGCACUGAUGAUGGUGGUGAUGAUGAUGAUGAUGAUGUGCGGCUGGUCCUGUCCACCGUUGCCGCUGCUGCUGCUGGCUCUGCUCGCCAAUGCGGGAGGUGGCCUCGGGGCAGACACUGAGGAGCGACUGGUGGAGCAUCUCCUAAACCCCGCCCACUACAACAAACUGAUCCGUCCUGCGACGAAUUCCUCCGAGUUGGUGACUGUGCAGCUGAUGGUGUCGCUGGCCCAACUCAUCAGUGUGCACGAAAGAGAGCAGGUGAUGACCACUAAUGUCUGGCUGACACAGGAGUGGCAGGACUAUCGUCUGACUUGGGUGCCCGAGGAGUUUGAUGGGAUGUUGAAGGUCAGGCUGCCCUCAAAACACAUCUGGCUGCCUGACGUUGUACUUUACAACAAUGCCGAUGGGGUGUAUGAGGUGUCGUUCUACUCUAACGCGGUGGUCUCCUACGAUGGCAGCAUCUUCUGGUUGCCCCCAGCGAUCUAUAAGUCGGCGUGUAAGAUCGAGGUCAAGCACUUCCCCUUUGACCAGCAGAACUGCACACUGCGCUUCCGCUCCUGGACCUACGAUCGCACCGAGAUCGAUCUGGUGCUGCGGGCCGAUGUGGCCAGCAUGGACGACUUCACGCCCAGCGGCGAGUGGGACAUCAUCGCCCUGCCGGGCAGACGGAACGAGAACCCGGCCGACCCCACCUACGUGGACAUAACGUAUGACUUCAUCAUCCGCAGGAAGCCUCUUUUUUACACCAUCAACCUCAUCAUCCCGUGUGUGCUCAUCACCUCGCUGGCCAUCCUGGUCUUUUACUUGCCCUCAGACUGUGGAGAGAAGAUGACGCUUUGCAUCUCAGUGCUGCUGGCGCUCACUGUGUUCCUGCUGCUCAUCUCCAAGAUUGUGCCACCCACUUCACUGGAUGUCCCUCUGGUAGGGAAAUACCUGAUGUUCACUAUGGUCCUGGUCACCUUCUCCAUCGUCACCAGUGUGUGCGUGCUCAACGUGCACCACCGCUCGCCCACCACACACACCAUGCCCCCUUGGGUUAAACUGGUGUUCCUCAACAAGCUUCCUGCCCUGCUCUUUAUGCGCCAACCAAGGAACAGCUGCGAGCGCCAGCGGCUGCGCCAAAGAAGGAGGGCCCAGGAGCAAAAAGAGGGCGGGCGUAGUGGAGAAGCAGGUGCCUUGAUGGUGGGUCUUGGUCUGGGUAGCGGGAACGGUGGGGCAACCUCCACAGGGGUUUUUGGUAAAGAGGACAAUGAGCCUUGUACCUGCUACGUGAACCGAGCCUCUGUGAAACAGUUUGGAGGGGAUCUGGGAGGUGCAGGAAGUGGGUCCAUGGAUGGUCUAAAUAGGGUGAAGGAGGGCCGGGAAGGGGGCUCUGGCAACCCGCAAAGGGGGCAGCAAGGUCCUGCUCUGACUCAGGCCCUGCUGGCUCAAGCCUGCCCAGGCUUUGAGGAAGCUGUGGAAGGAGUACGCUUCAUUGCCAACCACAUGAAGAGUGAGGACGAUGACCAAAGUGUGAGCGAGGACUGGAAGUACGUCGCCAUGGUGAUCGACCGCCUCUUCCUGUGGAUCUUUGUAUUUGUGUGCGUGUUCGGCACAUUGGGCAUGUUCCUGCAGCCGCUUUUCCAGAAUUACACAGUCAAGACCAUCACCAGCACGCCGGGCUGACCAUCCCCCACCCCCUCCACCCCAGCCCAGCCAUGACCACGCUGACAGACAGCUCCCCCGACCAAUCAGCACAGCAGAUUAAACAAAGGCUAGAGGCGGGGGAAGGCGGACAGGUCUGUUUGUGUGUCUGUGUGUGUGUGUGUGCGCGCGCGUGUGUGUUUGUGUGUCAACUGAACUUGAACCAGAACUGGAAUCUAACAGCAAUCACUCCCAUUAACCUUUAUAGUAAAAUUUUUGCAACGAACGACAGUUUUUUUCUUGUAUGGAGGAAAAAAGGAGAACACCGUCGUACUCUGACCUGCAACGCUGUGUCCAGAUGUUUGAUGGACUGACCUCUGCUGUCUGGUGGAAGCAUCUCACUGCUCUCCUCUUCAGCCGGUCAGGGAGCUGCGGAGGACAUUGUUGAGCCUUGUGUCAGCCAAUUGACAUUUUCUGCCUGCACCUGACUGAUUUAUUGACAAAUUGUUCAACUAUAUGACAUUACUUAUUCACAAUAUUGAUCCAUGUCAGUGUAGGCUAAUCAGAAAAGGGAAGGAAGUUGUCACGCCAAGGUUCUCAUACAUGCCUUUUAUUUUAUUUUAUUUUAUUUCAGAAAUCCACAAACCGCAUCAGUGAACUGAUUCAGUAUAUUUUAACAUAGCACAGCAGCUUGCCACAGUAAAGAAUAUAAGAGUAUAGACUGUAUUAUUGAAAUAGCUUAACGUGUUCGCUCAAGCACGGGUCUGCUGUUGAUAGAGAGGCUACUGUGUGGUGUAUGAUUGUAUAGAUAUAAGAAUGUGACAUAAACUGUAUUUCGCAGCCUGUGACACACACACACACACACACACACACACCUGCAGAAUAAUAUGUGUACGAGCCACAGAUUGUGGAGGAAAAUACAAAAGAAAGAGCCGGGACACAAUAGUAGAUGCAAGUCAAAGCGAUUCAGUCAUAGAUUAUGCAUGGACCUGUUUUUGUGUUUAGAGAGUUGUGCUCGUCUUGUAGAGAGCAGCAGUAUAACCUGACAGAGUGCACAGCUGCAGGGAGACCAGUAUGUGAUAUGAUAUUCUGUAGGUUGGUCAGUGAAUAGGAUUUCUAGGAAUAUGAACUCUAAGCAGACAGAUGACGGUGUAAGGUAUUAUAUGUGCAAACAUAUUAUUUCACAAAUGCUUAUUUUCUGUCAUUGCUGUGAUAAUCAGAUCAGAGCAAUCUCCUCACUCCUCUCCUCUCCUCACUCCUCUCCUCUCCUCACUCCUCUCCUCACUCCUCUCCUCUCCUCUCUCAUCUCUGCAGUGAUUUUGCUCAUGUAUGUAAUGUUAAGAGCAUAUGUACGUGUGCCCCAUAUCCUAAUCCAUUAUCACAUCUGUCAGAUGUCGUGUUCAGGAGAGCGUGUGUGUGCGUGUGUGUGUGUGUGUGUGUGUGUGUGCGCGCGUGCCUCCCCACACACUUUCUAUUAAUCUCUCAUGUGCUGUCCCCAUUAACUGGUCUUCCACAAACACAUAUCUGACAGUUAGUCCAAUUAGAAUAAUGUUAACCUACAUUCUUACUAAACCACCAAACAUUAAGUCCGUUGUAAUUUUCAUCACGGCUUAUUUGUCUCAGUCCCCACAAUCCUCCUCGUCCUCCUCGUCCUCCUCCUGCUGCAACCAGAUAAACAAACAACAUGCAAAGGCCCAUUUUCACACAUGCAGGGAUGGAUUCCCUUUUUUGUUUCAACAAACACGAAGGACACAGCAACACUGUUGCAAUCAUAUCAGGCAAUAAGUUUCAGAUGCAGAGUCACUGCGGUAAAAGGGCAGUAUGUAUACGUGAGCUUGUAAUCGUACAAAUGUGUGUUGACUGUAUAAUGACACUGCAGCCGGGGAUUAACGGACUGAGAGGAAAAAAAUCUGGAUCAUCACCACACUCCAGAGAGUGAGGAGGAACAAAGCAGAAACACUGGUGUUGUUACUGCAGAGGAAAAGACACCAUCAAUGCUGUCUAAUUCUCAGUUACUGUCACCGGCUGUGAUUUCUUUCGGCCACAUACAUGUGAGCAGCUUGGACUGGGAGCUGUCAACUCUCACUGUCUCUCGUUGGAGGAUGGGAUUUCCUCGGCGGCUCAGCAGCAGUUCUGACACAAAGUGUAAAAAGCCCAUCGGAGACGUGUGAAAACUGUCGACUGCUGUGUGGCGCCGCACGGAAAACUCUGCUGCUCUCUCUCUCUUUGACCCUUUUCCUUUCUUCUCACUUCCUUCCCCGUCAUUACCCUUCCCCAUCUGCCACCUUCUCCUUCCUGACUUAAAAACUCUACUCCCGUGCACAUCUUCAACCCUACGUCCAAUAAAGUUUGUAGGUUCAGAUUCA